AUGGGCCUCCUCCAAGAUAUCGGUGGGCAAUACACAACCCACUUUGGCCAGACUGCAUCCUGGAAAGUCGGGCUCAGCGCCUUUGUCCUCUUCUUCAUCGCCUCCAUCCUCAUCAACGUCGCCUCGCAACUGCUCACACGCAGGAAAUCCACCGAUCCUCCCCUCGUUUUCCACUGGAUCCCCAUCAUCGGCUCGACCAUCACGUACGGCAUCGAUCCUUACCCGUUCUUCUUCAAUUGUCGCGAGAAAUACGGCGAUGUCUUUACUUUCAUCCUGCUGGGCAAGAAGACGACGGUGUGUUUGGGGACCAAGGGGAAUGAUUUCAUCUUGAAUGGCAAACUGAAGGAUGUCAACGCCGAGGAGAUUUAUUCUCCCUUGACGACGCCUGUAUUCGGCAGGCAUGUCGUCUAUGAUUGUCCCAAUGCCAAAUUGAUGGAGCAGAAAAAGUUUGUCAAAUAUGGCCUCACCUCGUCGGCCCUCCAAUCCUACGUCACCCUCAUCUCGGAAGAGACGCGUCAGUUCUUCGACAAGGCCAACCCACACAAGAAGUUCGCCGCGGACAAGGGAAGCAUCAAUCUGCCUCCCGCUCUGGCCGAAUUGACCAUCUACACCGCCUCGCGUUCCCUCCAGGGCAAGGAAGUGCGAUCGCGCUUUGACUCCUCCUUUGCCGACCUCUACCACUACCUCGACAUGGGCUUCACUCCCAUUAACUUCAUGCUGCCAUGGGCUCCUCUCCCGCAAAACCGCCGGCGAGACUAUGCGCAGAAGAAGAUGGCCGAGACCUACAUGUCCAUCAUCAAAGAACGUCGCGAGGCCAUCAAGAAUGGGGCGGAUGAAAAGGGUGGGGAGAGAGAAGAGGACAUGAUCUGGAACUUGAUGAACUGCGUCUACAAGUCGGGCGAGACCAUCCCUGAUGUCGAAAUCGCGCACAUGAUGAUUGCCUUGCUCAUGGCCGGCCAACACUCGUCCUCCUCAACCUCGUCGUGGAUCUUCCUUCGUCUGGCCUCCCGUCCGGAUAUCCAAGAGGAACUCCUCGAAGAACAGAAGCGCGUGUUGGGAGUCAACCCCGACGGAAGCAUCAAACCCCUGUCCUACGAGAGCCUCCCCAAACUCGCUCUCCUCAGCCAAGUCGUCAAGGAGACGCUCCGGAUCCACGCGCCCAUCCACUCCAUCAUGCGCAAGGUUAAAUCCCCCAUGCCAAUUGAAAACACCCCCUACAUCAUCCCCACCUCCCACGUCUUGAUGGCCGCUCCUGGUACCACCUCCCGCAUGGACGAACACUUCCCCGAUUGCCUCUUGUGGGAACCGCAUCGCUGGGACGAAACUCCCUCGGAGAAGUAUGCCCAUCUCGCGCCCACCACCAAGCAGAGUGCUGUGGUGGAAGAAAAGGAGGAUUCCGGUYAUGGUCUGGUCUCCAAGGGUGCCACUUCUCCCUAUCUCCCCUUUGGUGCGGGAAGGCAUCGAUGUAUUGGCGAGCAAUUCGCCUAUGUGCAGCUGCAGACCAUCACGGCCAUGGUGGUGAGGGAUUUCCGAUUUCGAAACCCUGAAGGCGUUGAGGGUGUUGUGGGUACCGAUUACAGUAGUUUGUUCAGUCGGCCGUUGAAUCCUGCCGUUGUGGAGUGGGAGAGGCGGAUAGAGAAGUAG